ACCUAGCAACUCCACUGUUCUCGCGCUUCUUCCUCCUGCGCGCCGCGUCCGGCUCCCCUGCCUCGACGACGACAGGCCUGCCGGACGGUUCUCCGCCGCGUCCCCCGAGCCCUGUCGCCGGAUCACGAUCACGCGCGCUGCCCCUCUCCAUUGUCCGGGUAAUCCUGCCCUCAUUAGUUUGAGAACUCCAUAGGCUUGCUGGGACUUGGGAAUGCACGGGAGGGGUCCUGAUUUUGGUGUGGCCAUCUCAUUCUCAUCUGCUACUGCACAUUGCUAGCACCAUGUUCAGGUGUUCACCAUCAUCUGGUGGCCUGGCAUCAGGCCGCUCAUGGUUAGUCCUUUGGUUGUAGACUUGUAGUACCGGCAGAGAACAGAGAACCUUUACCCAGCUUUUCGGCCACUUCAUCCGUCUCAAAAUAAGUGUCUCAACUUUUAUACUAAUUUUAGUAUAAAGUUGUAGAACUAAAGUUGAGACACUUAUCUUGGGACAGAGGGAAUACCACUCCACACUGUUCUCACGCUUCUUCCUCCUCUUCCCCGCGUCCGGCGCCCCUGCUACUCCAGUGUUCUCCGCCGCAUCCCCCAGCCCCGUCGGCGAAUCACGAUCACGCGCGCAGCCCCUCUCCAUUGGCCAGGUUGCUAGCACCAUGUUCAGUUGUGCGCCAUCAUCUGGUGGCCUGGCAUCAGGCCCCUCUUGAUUAGUCCUGCGUCCUGAGCUACUUCCCGUUGUCCUGCAACUUCGGCUGCAGCGGCAGCUGCUCGCUGAAUGGAGGCCGCGGAAGAGGUGCAGAUUUGGGCGCCGAUUCUGGCAGACCCGCUCGAUUGGCCUCCAUCUUCUGUUACCAUCCCUCUUCCAAGCCAGGUGGAAGAAUAUUUCAGUUAUGUGUAUGGCACUGAUGGCAUGGGAAUCAGCAAAUUUGCACCAGAGCCCGAUGAUGAUUUGGGAGGUACCAUGUCAAACCUCAUAGUAAAGGAAAAAUGGUGGCGUGGCCUACGAGGUCCUCGCAAGAGGAGGAUAUUUCCUUGGGGAACCGGAAGCAUGAAUUUUCACCGUCGAAAGAACAACGAACAUUGGACACAUGAAGAAGUGAAGAAGCUGGUUAAGGGUGUCAAGGCAUAUGGUGUUGGGCGAUGGACUAUGGUGAAGAGUCGCUACUUCUCAGCAUCAGUUCCAGACCCAGCACAUCUCAAGGACAAAUGGAGGAAUCUUCUGAGGGCUUGUGGGGUACCGUGCGCCUCUCAAAGGAAGGAAAAGGCACAGAAGACUAUGUUCCGACCCUUAGAUACAGAGUUGAUCCAACAGAUCCAAGGGGUGGCUAUCGAUUCAGCCUCCACAUCCAAAAUGAAGAAACACCGUGGGAAAGGAACAACUAGCUGAGAAUGACACAAAAUGAUGGUUGAGGCUUUAUAAGUUUACAUAAGUUAAGUUAGUAGCACCUAAAUGUGUUACUUCUUUUGAAAUUGGGAAAUAUGUGCAUACAUUAUGUAAGAAGAGCCCGUGAAACCGGCCGGCCUUUGUGCAUGUAUAUAUAUACUGUAGCUAGAAA